GGGAGAAAACAUUGCACGGAGUGCUCUACUCUUUCUCGCUGUAUGCGGCCUCAUCGGGCAAGCUGUGUUUGGACACCUUCAAGGGAGAUGUCUCGACGACGCCGCAUCGAUCUACGAUAAGAACAUAUCUUUAUUGACGCUCAAUGAAAAACAAAACGUCAGUUUAAACACCCUGGCAGGUGAUGUCUUGCUUGUGGUGAACGUUGCGACAUACUGAGCGUUUACGUAUCAGUAUUACGGCAUGAAAGCACUCGUUAUCAAGUACACCGAAGGUUUCAAUCUAAUCGCCCUGCCAUGCAACCAGUUUGAGCUACAGGAACCCGGCACCAACGCUGAAAUAUUACCCGGCCUAAAAUGUGUCCGCCCAGGUGGAGGAUUUGAACCCAAUUUUGAAAUAUACGCCAAGGUUGAGGUGAAUGGAAGAAACGCACACCCCUUGUUUACCCAUCUUAAGGAAUACUGUCCUCCAGUGAAACGGGAAAUCGGUGAUCCGUCACUCUUCUACUGGAGCCCAAUUACAGUUGGUGACAUAACUUGGAAUUUCAACAAAUUUCUCGUCGAUCACAAAGGAAUACCUUACAAGCGCUACGAAUCUGCAGUCGAGCCGGCUGAACUACAGGCCGAUAUCGAACUUUUACUUUCCAUGCGACGUGAAGAUUUGGAACAGCCCGGAAGCAGGUUCCUGAAUAGAACAUAA